GGGAUAGCUUGUGGUGUGGUUUGUGGCCGGAGUCAGCCAGUGGUCACGUGUAGUGUCCGCCAAAGACUCCAUGCCGUCGUACUUAGCGACGCAAAAGUGACAGAGUUGGGUUUGUGCGGGAAAAACCUUUUUGGCCCGAGUUCAAGACCACAGGCGAUCCCAUCUGUCAGACAACCAUUCCCGGUCCCGGGUCCAUGUUGCUGGGCUGUCCGGGUAGAAUUUGAACAGCGCUCGGAGCUCAGCGCCGCCGCGGGCGCACACUUCUGCAGCCCGGCCGCCAUCUGAAGGAGAGAUAGAGACGCAGUUUGGUAUCGGUGACAGGAUACUUCAUUCCAUAUGCCUGGACUGUAGCGCCGACCUCGCACAGCGUUCACAGACAUAGCAGCGUUAUCACUGCGAGCUGGACUGGCAGGCCUCAGCGCCACAUCACCGCUGCAAGGUCCUACAACACACAGUUGCCAUGGCAUUAGUCAAGCCGGGGGUAGUACUGUGGCUGGCAAGCCUACUCCUCCUGACGGUCAGCACGCACGCCUGCCCUCAGCCAUGUACAUGUACGGGUACAACUGUCGACUGCUCUGAGCGGGAACUGGACACUAUUCCUGACAACAUACCGAGGAACACAACCGAACUUUUCCUGUGUGGAAACAAGAUGACAAGUAUUCCAUCCGGUGGAUUUGCAGGCUUAGCUAACUUGACAGUCCUUUAUUUGGACAGAAAUCAGAUAACAGAAGAAGGCUUGUCCAGAAAUGCUUUCCAGGGUUUGAGAUUUCUGAAAGAACUCCACCUAACGAACAACUCACUUACUGCAGUUCCCGUGGAGCAACUGAAGGCGUUAACGCGAGAGUUAGUUUACCUGGAUCUAUCCGAAAACAGCAUUUUGCAGGUUCCUAGGGGAGCUUUCUCCUCCCUGCAUAGUCUGCGGGAGUUGAAGCUCCGGAAAACCGGACUUGAGGAAGUCUUUCCGGAAUCGUUCAGUGGGAUGGACAGGCUGGAGAUACUCAACCUGGAGAAUAACGACAUGACCGUCUUUCCUAAGGAAGCUCUACAGCGACUGCCGUACCUUCGCCGCCUUGUGGUGAGAGGCAACCCGAUCUCGGAGCUUCCACCAGCUGCCCUGGAAGGCGCGCCCGCUAUCGAGUACCUGGACGCACGUAACAUGCACCUGAAGACCCUGGACAGAGGUGUGUUCACAAAUCUGCCUCAUCUCGCCUCCAUCUUCCUCUCAGGAAACACCAUGUUACAGACCAUCGACAAAAACGCCUUCCUCACAUUGGGAAGGUUGAAGACGCUUGCCAUCGACGACUGCGGACUGGAGACGCUAGAUGAGUUCACGUUCAAGCAGGUCCCGUCCCUGUACGUGGUGACGAUGCACGAUAACCAGUGGAAAUGUGACGAGCGGAUGUGCUGGCUGCGGGACUGGAUGCUGUCCACCCGUGUGCACAUCCCUUACAUGACCAACAUCUCCUGCUUCCUUCCCGAGCGGAACGGCGGCAGGUCUCUCAUCACUCUCACCAGCCACGACUGUGACCAGGACAACGAUGACGUGGACUUCAAGGUAAAGACCAAAUCUCAAACCACCAGCCUAACAGAACACCAGACAGACAACGGAGACGAAAUGACAGAUGAAGAUGACUUCGACACAACGGAAAUAAAAGGUUUGGAUGAGCGGUCUUUCAUCGUAGGAGAAUCAGUUACGUACUACCGGGGGAAAAGCCGCAAAAAGUGUCCCAGGGGGUGUAAAUGUAAGAAAAGGUACGUGGACUGUAGCAGGAUCGGUCUGACAACAGUUCCAGACAAUGUUCCUCGCAGGACGACUCGCUUAUACUUGAACAACAACAAUAUUACUAACAUCCCAAAUGGGGCAUUUAGGUACCUGAGUAACUUAAAAGUUCUGGAGUUACAAAAUAACUUCAUCUCGAGCGAAGGUAUGGCUGAUCACGCUUUUGACGGGCUGAAGAACCUGGAGGGACUGUACAUUACCAAUAACCUGCUGACGGAGGUGCCCAUGUACCUGUCAGGUGUGUCUUAUCAACUCAAAUACCUGGAUCUGUCCGGAAAUCCUCUUGGCAAUGUGCCUUCGGGAAUCUUCCGAGGGUUUAAGAUGUUGAAGGACUUGUGGCUUAGGGGAGUUGGCAUAUCCUCUUUGAAAAAGGGCACGUUCCGCGGAAUGAGAAAUUUGGAGGGUCUUUAUCUGCAGUAUAACAGCCUCAAGAAGGUUCCUAACGAAGCCCUCAGGCACAGGACAAAUCUCAAGAGACUGCAUUUGCGCGGGAAUCCGAUCGUCGACUUGGAUGAGAGGUCUUUUAAAGGACUAUCUUCACUUGAAUAUCUUGACUUGGGGUACACCAAAAUGAUGGAUCUGAACGAAUGGUGCUUCUACAAGCUACCGAACCUUGAAACACUUGUCCUGUCCGGCAAUCUGAACCUGUCGACUAUCCACAAGAACACGUUCUCCCGCCUCGUCAACUUGAAGUUCCUGAAACUUCACGAAUGUGGCCUGAAGCACCUGGAGCCAGACUUCUUGGAGAUGAUGCCGAUGCUGGAGUGGGUUUCCCUAUACGAGAACCCCUGGCGAUGUGACUCCACCAUGUGCAAACUGAUGCGGUGGAUGGAGACAACGUCAGUUAGCAUCGCCAAUGUGGAUAAGAUCAAGUGUUCUACUCCAGAACACAUGAAAGGUACAGCCAUAACGCGGCUGAUGGACGCUCCUGAAGCUGUGCAGAUGUGUCAGGACGUUCUGGUGAGUCCCGGUGGAACCAACGAGAUUCCCGGAGGCGGCUCUUCCGUCAAACCUGAUUCCAAUGUUGUGUCGCCCUCUGGUGGAUGCCCGCUGCAGUGCAGAUGUUACGGAAGCAUUGUAGACUGCGCAGACAGAAGUUUGAAGAGUGUUCCUGUUGGAAUUCCCCCUAGCACUGAGAGGCUGCAUCUACAGAACAACAUGAUUACAAACAUCCCUGAAGGCUCCCUAUCGGGUUUGGAGGCACUGAAAUUCUUGCACCUUGAGAACAAUGAUCUUACCCUGGACGGAUUGCCACAGGGGUCUCUAAGCACUCUGUCCAACUUACAAGGUCUGUAUCUUGCAAACAACAAGUUAUCGGCUAUUCCACCCGUGGUAUUGAACAGCCUAGCUUUCAGCCUUAAGCACCUCGACAUCUCCAACAAUCCCAUCGGAAACAUCGCACCUGGGACGUUUGACGACUUCCAGAACUUACUGGAACUGAUGAUGACGAGAACCGGCAUGACAGAAAUCUACGAAGGCUCCUUUUCCGGUUUGCAAAAGGUGCAGCGUCUAUACCUGGCCUUUAAUAACGUAACGGCCAUCCCAUACUGGGAGCUAGAGGACAUGCAUGACCUGAAGGAAUUCUGUAUCGCCGGGAACCCCAUCACGGACAUUUAUGAGGAUGCUCUUAAUGACGACAUUGCUGUUGAAUACAUCGAUCUUAGCAGCACCAUGAUUUCUUACAUCCCAGAACGAGCUUUUGUAAAAAUGCCAAGCCUCAGCACCAUCCUCCUGACGGGCAACAAGAAACUAAGCUACAUCCAUGAGCGCAGUUUGAAACAUUGCCCCAACCUGAAGUCAGUCGCCAUUAGCAACUGCAUGCUAGAAUGGUUAGACCCGUCCACUUUCAUGGGUGUGUCGUCCCUGUCGUGGGUUGCGCUACACGAUAACCCGUGGGUGUGUGACAGGUGCAUAGCCGGCCUCACUCAGUGGAUGAGUCAAACACAAGCUUACAUACCUUACCGGAACAGGGUGACAUGUGCAGGCCCCACAAGUUUGCAGGGAGCCACAGUGGACGAUCUCCAAGUGGACUCCCUCCAAGUGGGUCAGUGUGACAGGCCUGACGAAAUGCCGGAGAAGUCCAGACCACAGCCUCCGCCGUACCCGGGUGUCAUUGAGAGCGUCACGGAUGCCCCAGAGGUCGUCCCGACACCUGCUCCCGGAUCUGAGCGGCCAACAACCGGCGCGACGUUGGACGGCUGCCCAAGCCAAUGCGAAUGUUACGAGCUGACGGUGAACUGCGCCAACCUUGGGCUGACGGAGAUUCCAGCUGACAUUCCCGCUGCCACGGAACGUCUGUACCUCAACAACAACCAGAUCUCGAACGUCCAACCUAACGGUUUCGUCGGCCUAGCUGCACUCGAGUUUCUUCAUCUUGAAAACAACAAAAUUACAGACGAAGGUAUAACGGAGAAGUCCUUUAGUGGCCUGCCUCUUAUUGAGGGAUUAUACCUUUCCAACAACCUUCUUAGGCAGUUUCCUACAAUUCCUACGGAUUUGGCGGAAGGUCUUCUGCGUUUUGACAUCUCAGGCAACCCAAUUCGCGCUCUUCCAGCCGGAACGUUCUAUGGCUUCUCCAACCUUAAGGACUUGUUUGCCCGUCGGAUCGGACUUACGGAGUUGCAGACCAACUCGUUCUUCGGUCUUGACAGUUUAGAAACCUUGUAUCUUGAGUACAACGAGUUAACCACCAUUCCCACCAUGGCCCUCCAGAAUCUUCGUAAUCUCAAGAAGUUGUACCUCCGUGACAAUAAGGUGACUGAGUUGCCACAAAAAGCAUUCUUCGGGCUAGACUCACUGGAACUGCUGGAUCUGCGGUACAUGUUGCUGUCCACCAUACACGACAUGGCGUUCGAAGGAGUGAAGAGUCUGAUGUCCUUGUUACUAGCCGGCAACGAGCGGCUUCAGUCUCUUCCUCGUAAUGUCUUCAGUGGUCUUCCUGAAUUACAGGAUAUACAACUGAAUAACUGCGGGUUUGAGUCCAUAGAAGGGGGUAUAUUUGAGGACAUCCCCAGCCUUCAGAGCUUGACUCUCCAGGAGAACCCGUGGAGUUGUGAGGCACCGCUGUGCUCCCUCAGGCGGUGGAUGGACACGAGUGAAGUACGGAUCGAGGCUCGAGACCGCAUCGCUUGCUACAUGCCGGAGUCACUUCGUGGACAGACGCUGGACUCGCUCAGCACGGCCUCCCUGUGCCAGGGGCUCCCAUCACCAACUGCUGCACCGGACAGGGAACUUGUCACAGAUAGGGAGACGCCCAUGGAGACACAGGCGCCCCCUGUAAGACCACUGACAACACAGGAAGAAAGAGUGGCCACACGUCCAACCCAGCCGACUCCGACACGACCGCGGGUAACGGAAGGGCGGCCGUACCCAACAGCAGUGACGGAGAGAGCGCCUGUCCAACCAGGGACAGUGCCUUGUCCGUCCAAAUGCUCCUGUAACAACGAUCUGGUUGACUGCGGUAAGGCCGGCCUGACGGAGAUCCCCUCAGACAUCCCGCCCAACACACAGCAUCUCUACCUGGACAACAACUUCAUCACGGAAAUCCCGGACGGCGUCUUCUCCAGCCUCGCCCGGCUUCAGGUGCUGGAAAUUCAGUACAACAUGAUCACUAGUGAGAACAUUGGCCAGCGUGCGUUUGACGGCCCGGCCAACAUGGUGUACCUGUACCUCACCGGCAACAGGCUGACUCAGAUCCCGCUGGUCCUGCCCGCAUCGCUGGAGUACCUUUUUGUCGAAGAAAACAACAUCACCGGUGUUCCCAGCGAAAGGCUGCAACAGUUCCAGGAGGCUGUACCAUCCCUAACGUGGCUGUCCCUCCAUCAGAACCCGUACGAGUGCACCCCCGGCAGCAUGUGUGCGUUCCGCCGCUGGCUCUCCACCACUCGUGUCACCAUCCCCUUCAGAGAGAAAGUUGUCUGUAUGGAACCAAGCUCCCGACAAGGGCUACUGGUGGAAAAUAUCUCGGAAGAAGAGAUGUGUAGCGACCAAGCUCCCUUCACAGACGUACCGGUCGUAGAACGUGUUACAGCCGCACAGCCGACAGAAGAGGAGGAGGAGAUAUCUGGUGACUUCCCAACGACGACAGAGCCUUCCUUCCUCAUUACAAGAACAACUUACCGCCCUCCCACAAGACCGCGUCCCAAGGCGACCCGACCGCCGUGGACAUCUAGCAGACCCCGUCCAACAUCCAGAGUACCCACGGAGGGCGAGAUCUUCCCUGAAGCUGACGGCGCAUGUCCCGAUGCGUGCCGGUGUGAGUACGAGUACGUGGACUGUAGUUAUGCCCAACUUAACGAAGUGCCGAGAAACUUGCCGUCCACCACAGAGCAUCUUUACCUCAACCACAACAAUAUCAAGUCCAUUCCAUCCAGGAUAUUCUCCAAUCUGAAAAGACUGACGGUAUUGGAGAUGCAACAUAACCAGAUAACAAGCGACCAGAUUGCAGAUGACAGCUUUGUCGGACUGGACAACCUUUUGUAUCUAUUUUUGUCCAAGAAUCAGCUCACAGACCUUCCAGUCAAUUUGCCGUACACACUACAGUACAUAGACCUAGACGGAAACCAGAUUCGGACUGUCACAGACUCCGUCCUGUCAACUCUAAGCAGCCAGCCAUCUCUGAACUGGGUCUCCCUGCACGAGAAUCCGUGGGCUUGUGACGCUAGGCUCUGCUUUCUCAGACAGUGGCUAGAUGAAACAGACAUGGAAGUUCCAAAUCGCGACAAAGUAUUGUGUGCCUCACCAUCCUACCGUCGCGAGCAGCCGGUCGGGGGCUUUACUGUUGAAGAGAUUUGCGACACGGUGCCAGAAGCAGUGACAGAAGAACCGCGACAGCCAGAGACGCCCAAGGAGCCAAUCACAACGGAGGAAGGCUCUGGAGAGGGUUCGGGAUACCUGACGCCUGGAUUUCCUAACCGCCCUGAUGUUAACCCACUGCGCCCACCAGCAGUGCCCAGCUUCCCAGAUCUGUAUUUCCCUACCUUCCCGCCAGUUGUAGGGAGGCAGAGAACUACCGUGGCGCCUUACAAUGUCGAGAGAACGACCAUUGCUGAUUACGAUGAGGAAGACACAGGAGAAGACACGUGUCCAGACAGCUGCCGGUGUAUCGAAGGCUAUAUCGACUGUGGCUACCAGGGUCUAAUCGAAAUCCCCCCUAAUCUCCCAGCAAACGCUUGGCACUUAUAUCUCAACAAUAACAACAUCACCUCUAUCCCAGCGGGGAUUUUCAGACGCCUGUCCAACCUGCGGGUUCUGGAACUUCAGAACAACGAGAUUGUCAGUGAGAACAUUGACAGUGAAGCCUUCAGUGGAAUGGAUAACCUCCUCUACUUGUACAUGUCCAACAACCUGCUGACAGACGUGCCCAACAACAUGCCAAACAGCUUGGAGUAUGGCUACUUUGAUUACAACCAGAUAAGUAGCAUCUCCGAGGCAUCUAUGGGAUGGAUUCUCAACAAAAACCCGUCUUUGCAGCUUAUUGCUCUGAAUGACAACCCGUGGAGUUGUGACUUCCGUCUGUGCCCCCUGGUGAGUUGGAUCGAGAACAGCUUAGUUUACGUGCCUGAUAUAGACAGGACACAGUGCUCAUCUCCAUCUAACCUGGCGGAAAGGAGCAUCGACAGCAUUGCAGAACUCUGUGAGCGACAGACACAAGGCGAAACUAACCUACUACCAAGCGAACAGCCGCCUGCGUUCCUUGAACUUCCCUCCCAACUGCCGAUUGGCGGUCUGCCUAUCGACGGCGACUUCCAACCUGGAAAACUAAACGGGGUGCCAACCGUGCCGCCCGCAACCACUGCCGCCGCCCCGCGCGCCACCGUGUGCCCUCUCGGCUGUACAUGCGACAACUACGGCUACGUCGACUGCAGCAAACUCGGCCUAACAACUAUUCCAUCCGAUCUCCCACCAGAUACAAGGCACCUUUACCUGGACGAUAACAGCAUCGCUAACAUCAAAGUAAAAGACCUGGCUAACGUACCACAGCUACGAGUCCUCGAGAUCCAUAACAACCUCGUCACCAAUGACGGGAUCGAGCAAGGAGCGUUCAACGGGCUCCGCAAGCUGGAAUAUCUGUACUUGUCAGGGAACAGUCUGUCAUCAGUCCCGGUUGAUCUGCCUCCCACGCUGAAAUCACUAUACCUGGAUAAUAACUACAUCUCUACCAUCCCUCCCACGGCUCUGUCCCAAACUGGGAACCUCGAGCGGCUGUACCUGGAAAACAACGCCCUGACGGAUGACGGCAUCACUCCAGGUUCCCUCGAGGGAGUGAGCAACCUCAAGUACCUCAUCCUGUCUCAAAACCGCCUGAGGUCGGUCCCGUCCGAACUGCCCAAAUCACUAGAGGUCCUGUCACUAGAGGACAACAGGCUUACAAAGAUACCCCCAUACAAGUUUUAUGAGCUGCAGGACUUGGAAAGGCUUUACCUAAACAACAACAGCCUUACUAACGACGGCAUCGCGGACGAAGCGUUCGAAGGAAUGAUCAGUUUGGAGCGACUGUACCUGUCCAAUAACAGCCUGGGUGCCGUUCCGUACAACCUGCCCCGGACGCUGCACCAGCUCUUCCUCCAGGACAACCGUAUCACGGCGCUGGAACCGUUCACCUUCUCCACCUUACCUCAGCUGAAGCGUCUGUAUGUGAGAGGCAACCGGCUCACCAAUAACAAGGUCGCCGAUCAGGCGUUUGAUGGCCUGGGAGACUUGCAGCUGCUCGACCUGUCCAAAAACAACCUAACAUCCAUCCCUGGGGACCUGCCGAGAAGUCUACAAAAACUUUACCUUGAAGGUAACGAGCUCUCCACAUUACCCUUGCAAUCCUUCAAGAAGGUGGGCUCGCUGACUGAGCUGGAUUUGAGCAACAACCUCCUGCGCACGUCGGGCCUGCACCCGACUGCCUUCACGUUCCUGCCGCAGCUGGAGACGCUGGACAUAUCCGACAACCUGCUGACCCUGCCGCCGGACAACCUGCCGGAAGGACUCAGAUAUCUCUUCUUGCAGAGUAACGACCUGACAGCCAUAAAGCGCGGCGCCUUCACCCAGCUGACCAACCUGAAGUGGCUGUACCUGCAGAACAACCGCAUCACGGACGACAAGAUCGAGAGCGGCGCGUUCGAACUGCUGCUGGAGCUGUACAGCCUGGACAUGUCCGCUAACUAUCUCACAGAGGUCCCCAGCAACCUGCCUGCCUCGCUAGAAUACCUGUACCUCAAGGACAACGACAUUGGACGCAUACCAGGAGACGCUUUCUCCAACACGCCAAAGCUGCGGCUGCUUCAACUGGCCAACAACUUACUCACGGACGGAGGGAUCGACAGGAAGGCACUGGCAGACUUGCAGCACCUGCGCACUCUGGACUUGUCUGGCAACUUUGUGACGUCAGCACCGCUGGGACUGUCCGAGGAGCAAGUGGAAAUAACACUAUAGGGUUAUUAGAAAUAUAUCCUAGUUAUAGCAAAUCUAUAAAUACCGCCGUACUAUAGAAAAUGAAACGCUGCACUCAACAGCAACCGCUGUAUAAAUGACGCGCCGUCAGUAGUGAAGUAGCGUCAAUAACUGGAAAUAAACCCGCCGCUUGAGAAAUUUGACAGUACAUAAAGAGGCGUACUGUGAUGGUUGUCUUCCACCAUGGGAUUCUAGCUUCUCAGAUAUAAAAUCUUAUGCCUCAUUUGAAUUUCAAAUUGAAAGGAAAUCUCUAGGGCAUAUGUCGGUAGCAAUAGACAUAACCCAGAAACUGGCUGUAGUAAGACAUUGGUUUGUUAGGAGAUACAUUGUCGCUUUACUUUAUUUCCAUGCCUGGAUCCAUCGCAAUGAUCUGGGACCUGACAUCUGUUUAGUCUUACCUAUCUUCGAUCCAUACUUACUACAUCCCAAGUAAGUACUGGUUGUGUUUGCACCAGAUGUAAGGUUGUGUAACUUAUUUCAUUCAAAAUUCCCGUAUGGCAAAGGACCUUAAGCCUUCCUUAUAGAAUAGAUAUAGAUGUUCUAAUAUUUAUGUGCUGAUACAAGAACAGAACUAGCUUAGCUGUGUCUGAAGUGUAGUAAUCCCCAACAUGUUAGAGUUGAUUGUAUUGUGGCGGGAAUGCAAUCCUGUACAGGAAUAAUCCUACUCAACUUCUGUUCUCACAGUUCAGUUCUGUGACCAUAGAGUGAUUUGAAGAGGAGAGGAAUGAUCUUUACUAUUUUUACUAUUUGUAAAAAUUGAUUCGUAUAUUAUCAUUUACAACAGUAUAGAAGUUUAUAAGUCAGUAAAUGACAGUUGUGUAGAUACCCGUAUUUCUGGGAACUGGAAAUCUCCUGGACACGUCUGAAAACUAAGGCUGAUAAGAAUAUUUAGUCAUAUGAUGUUUUCACCGCCCUUAACAUAAUUCGGACCCCCGGUUACACAUAGCCUAACAUGUCCCCUUUUCGGCAGUGUUUGUGUCGGCUGGGUUGUGUGUUAGUCAUCUUGGUUUGACAAAGGAUCUGUGCUGAGUCAGUAGCGGUUAUGGCGUGGUUUGUGAGUAAAAUUCAACAACCGACUUACUCAGAUCCAACCACAUGCACCAGUCAACCAUCAGCGAACCAGCAGCUUUCUGAUAUCCCGUCUACAACGGAACAUUUUCGAAAUUUCCAGCCAACCGCGCCGACCACCAGCAAACCACAACCGGCCAAGCUCCUGUACUCCCAACCAUGGGUGGGAGAAGGUCGGGAGGCCAUGUUCGCCUAUGUGUAACCGUAGCAUUCUUGAUUAAAAACAGUUUUCUUACAUUUGAUAAGAGAAUAUGACAAGAUGAAUUCUUGGCGUGUCAUGUAAUGUGUAGAUGACUAGCUCGGUACGUAUUUGUUCUGGUCAUGUUGGGCACAGUACUAAUGUGGAAUGUAAAGUGAUGUUGUUGAUUUUGUUUUAUGGUCAACAGCGGUAAUUCUGUAAAUACACACGAUCUCUGAAAUACGAAAUAAAGUCAUGACUCAUGAAGGGC